CAGAGAAAAGGCUUCAAGUGGAGCUUCAACAAUUGGUUUUUGUACACUUUUAAUGGGCUGUCUCAGACACCUCCUUAUUGUUAACAGACACCGUCCCUAAAUAGCACUAUUACAUGUUGCAUCAUUCUCUUUUGAACUGUAAGCAGAAAACCCCCUCAUCUAUCACCUCUUGACCUGUCACUGGCGCUCAGUGUCUGACACUCACACCUGAGCUAGACUUCCUGCUUUUGCACACUAAACAGAACUCUAACUCCCUGCUUAAGCAACAAUACUAAGGAAAAGGAAGUACCUCCCCAACAUACAGAAAAUAGAAAUACAUUGUCAAAACACAUCUGGACCACAGUAUUAUCCUAAUUUUUAUGACAGACCUCACAUACACAUUGUAGGAUUGAAACAUCUGUGGUGUGGUCCAUCGCACAGUGGUCCAUCAAUUGUAGCAUGGCAUCUAUUCUCUCCUGGCCAGCCUCCAUCGCACCCUUCUGUGCAGUCCACCUCUUGUCCAGGGCAGUAAGUGCAGCUUCAAAAUUGGGGUAUGCUGAGGUGCCUCGCUUCCUCUUCCUCUUCCUGGCCCUUGGAGCUGGACCAGUAGGUCAUAGGUUCAUGUCUGAGAUGGAGGAGUAGUAGGAGGUUGGGGGAAACUGGAUUCGAAGCUCGAGGUGCUGGUGAUGGUUGUGGUGUGGGUGUGGGUGGGGCUGGAGAGACGGAUGAAGUCAGGGUCACAGGGCUGGAGAAGGGGCCUUCUUCGGGGUCUGAAUCCAUUUCAUCAGAAGAAAAAAAAAUUAAAACAGUGUUAUUAUCCAAGAACUAACAAUACAAACAAAACACAUUUUACGUUAAUAAACCACAGAUCCUAAGUGGACUUCAGCAAAUAAAUAAAUAAAAUCUUGUAAACAAUGUGAAGCUUGUUGAUACAGCAUUUCUGCUAGAAAAUGUUGUAAUGUCAGUAAUGGUUGACCAGAUCUUUCAUGGGGGAUAUGAGAUAGUGGAUGAACCUAUGUAUUUGUGUGUGAUUAUCAUACCCAGCAUCACCACCAUGCUAAGUGUACCACCUCAUGUUGUUCAGAGACACGACAAUUCAUGUGUAAAACAACAUAGGACAUUAAUUAUUAUUAAUAUGGAUUAAUUUCUCGCUGACUAUGUUGUAAACAAAUGCACGUGGCCAGGACAAAGGGACUUGAAUAGUUUCCCACUGGUUCACAUCAAAUAGAUAAUUUUUAGAGGCAGUUUUAAGUUGUGAGAGAAAGAAAAAUUAAAUUAAAAAAAAAAAAAACAUAUGUUCGGGUCCUGUUCCAAAUAUGUCUAGUAUCUUUCUCUGUUGCUGUUUGGAGCAGUUGCCAUGGCAGCUCUGGUCACAACUUGAUGGCUUAGUUGUCUCUGGCCGAAGUCAUUUAUUUCGGCAGUCAAACCAUGGAUGUAUUAGAUCUUAGACCAAAGACUAUCUUUGCCUACACUCUUCACCCGUGAUUCUUUUUUUCUGAUACCAUUCAGUGUGACAGCUUAUUUACUGAUGCCCUUCAGUGUGAUAACUUUUUCCUGAUGCUGUUCAGUCUGGCAUUUUUUUUUCCCUCAGGCCGUUCAUUGUGAAAAGUUUUUUUAUGAUGCCUUUUAGUCCUAUAAUUUUUUAUGAGGCAGUUCAUUGUAACAAGUUUUUUUUCUUAGGCCUUUUGGUCCGACAACUAUUUUUUAUGUGGCUGUUUGGUGCAAGUGUGACAGAAGUUUUCCUGAGACCUUAUACCUUUUCAUUUGAGGUCUGAUCCUGAAGCCUGAUCCUGAGGAUGUCCUCAAAUGUACACGGUACAGGCGUCACUCAGCUAGACAGGAUCUGAUCAUUAUUAUUAUUAUUAUUAUUAUUAUUAUUAUUACAUCAUCUUUCUCUUUUCCGUCAUCUACUUUCUUCUUCUGACUACAGACUUACGGACUGUGAAAGUGACUUAAAUGGACUUUAUGUGUCCUUUAGUUUCUGACUAUAUCUCUAAAUGAACCAGUGAUGUUUAUGGCCUCACUUCUGCUCACUUGUAAAUUUCCCACAUCCUUUCUUGUUUCAGAUCGUAGCCGUUUCCCUGACCACAAGCGUCACACAUCCAGAAAUAUGUCGUUGAAGAUUCUGAAGAUGAUCUCUAUAGCCCUGUGCUUCGCCAGCAUUCUUGUGUUUUUAACAGGACUCACUGAGUUCAAUAUUCAGUUCUCUCUUGAUAAUCAAACCCUCUGUGGGACGUGUUUAUCCCCCAAAAAUCAGCUGUGCUUCCACCCCUUAAAACCCCCAGUUGAGCCGCUUUUGUCUGCGAACCACAACCUCUCAGAGGAUGAUUUCAACUGGUGGAAGCACUUACAGAAUGAAAAACGAGACUACAACACAUAUAAAAAAACAGUCAACAGCCUGUUUCGGACAUUCCCAACCAUCCUGGAGCCUGUAAAACUCAGCAGAGACAGCUGUAAGACCUGUGCUGUGGUGGGAAAUUCUGGUAACUUGAAGGGAUCACGUCGUGGACCUCAGAUAGAUUUCCAUGAUUACGUCAUCAGAAUUAACAGGGGUCGCACCAAAGGCUUCGAAGAAGAUGUCGGCACCAAAACAACUCAUCAGGUCAUGUAUCCAGAGAGUGCCGUGGAUUUAGACAACUCCACUCACCUUGUGUUGGCUCCAUUCAAGAUACUGGAUCUAGAGUGGCUCAGGAUGAGCAUGACAACUGGAUUUCAUGGAACGUCCUAUGCACCAGUUAAAUCAAAAAUAGCAGCCAACAAGGAUUUGGUGAUGGUGAUCAACCCGGCUUUCAUAAGAUACGCUCAUGACACGUGGCUGGGAAAGAAGGGCCGGUAUCCAUCCACUGGCUUUAUAACUUUGGCUCUUGCGCUGAACAUUUGCAAUGAGGUUCAUGUGUACGGUUUUGGAGCAGACAAGGAUGGAAACUGGAAUCAUUAUUUUGAGGCACUGAGUAACCAAGGACCUGGAAUACAUCCCGGACAACAGGAGUAUGAUGUUAUCCAGCAUUUAGAUGAGCAAAAACAAAUCUCCUUUUAUAGAGGGUGGUGAAUUCCUUUUUUUUUUUUUUUUUCAAAAUGAAUGACAUGCUGCUUUCUUUGGGAGAACACUACCAGAGUGGAAGGAAGAAAUAAAAGCUAAAUUAAAAGUGUAUCAGGUGGAAGUUUGUAUGAAAUGAAGCAAUUAUGCACGGUUUCAGGGUAUUCACUGUUUGUUUGUAUUUAUUUUUGAACACGGGAUGCACUUUUAUAGUAUUGAAGGGAAUUUACUAAUAUGUUGGAGAAAGUUUUGUUGAGAUACUGUGUAUAUGUGCUUGUCAAAGCUACUGUGAUUAACUCAUGUGAUAUGGUCACCCUUACAGUCUUCUCUCUACCCAAAUCUAAACAUCACAUCCACAUACAUCAAGACCAUAUGAAGAAAACACACAUUGAAAUACAACUUAAUCCACUCAGACCUCAAACG